AGCGCUAAGUGGGAGCUUGAAAAGCUGAAAAUUGAACUUGGAUAUAUCCAAGGAAUGCACAAAAUGGUUCAGAGUGAGGAACUUGAAGCUUCUCAACAGCUGAAAAAUCUUAAUGAUCAUCAACUAGACGUGGCAGCAAUGCUCCAAGAGAAAAACCAACAAGGUGUAGAAUCAGCUAGACAAGAGAAAAGUAAAAUUGAAGCUGCAAGAAGGGAAGCCAACAAUGUUAGGAAAAGGGCUGAAAGUGAAGCUUCACCAAGACAAGAAGACUUGGAAGCUGCACCUGAUGCCAAAGAAAAAGAAAAGCUUGAGAAUGCUCUUCAGUUUCCUGAGCAGCAAUACCAUAGGUUUACAUGGGAAGAGAUUGAGACUGCCACCUCAUCGUUUUCAGAAAACCUUUAGAUUGGAAUGGGAGCAUAUGGAACUGUUUAUAAGUGCAAUUUGCAUCAUACAAUUGCAGCAGUUAAAGUUCUCCGGGCCAAAGGGAUCCAUGAAACUAAGCAUUUCCAGAAGGAGCUUGAAAUCUUGAGCAAAAUUCACCAUCCACAUUUGCUUCUUCUUCUUGGUGCUUGUCCGGAUCAUGGUGUCCUUGUUUAUGAGUACAUGGAGAUUGGUAGCUUGGAGGAUAGGUUAUAUCGAAGGAACAAUACACCUCCCAUCCCAUGGUAUGACAGGUUCCAGAUAGCUUGGGAAGUAGCCUCAGCUCUUGUUUUUCUUCACAACUCAAAGCCAAAACCAAUUAUCCAUUGUGAUCUAAAGCCGGCGAACAUCUUGCUCGACCGUAACUUCGUGAGCAAGAUCGGUGAUGUUGGCCUCUCAACAAUGCUGAGUUCAGACCCUUCCCAUGUAUCCUCUACAUACAAAGAGACAGGACCUGUUGGGACAUUCUGCUAUAUAGAUCCUGAAUAUCAAAGAACAGGUCUAAUUUCUCCGAAAUCUGAUGUUUAUGCUUUUGGAAUGGUAAUUUUACAACUGCUAACAGCAAAGGAACCAAUAGCACUAGCUCAUAUAGUAGAAACUGCAGUAAAUAGGGAUAAAUUAGUAGAUAUUCUAGAUUCACAUGCUGGAAAUUGGCCAAUCAAUGAGACUAAGGAGCUAGCUACUUUGGGACUAAGCUGUGCACAGCUUCGACGAAAGGAUAGACCUGAUUUAAAAGAUCAAGUCUUUCCUACACUGAAGAGAUUGAAGGAAGUUGCUGAUAAAGCCCGUUGUUCAGCUUCAAAAUUUCCCUGCGUAGCUCCAGACCACUUCAUUUGCCCACUACUUAAGGAUGUAAUGAACGACCCUUGCGUGGCUGCGGAUGGUUACUCUUAUGAUCGAAAAGCUAUGGAGGAAUGGCUUCGAAACGAUGAUGAAUCACCCAUCACUCAUUUGCCUUUGUCAAACAAGAAUUUGUUACCAAAUUACUCACUUCUUUCAGCUAUUGAGGAAUGGAAGUCUAAACAUUCGCAGUUUCAGGCAAUGUGUCUUCAGUAGCAGAUUUUGGGUCCUCCUUUUGGGCCACUAUUCAAUUUAAUAUGGGCUCAGUAUAGGCACAUUUGGACUGGGACUGCUAAAACUAA